AUGCCAUCCUCCGCCGUCGCCUCAACAUCCGCUGCGACGGCUCCUGCACCCACCGUCACAGCACUCAAUCUUAACACACAGACAAACAUCAAACUCACCACCGCCAACACCAGCGAUGUGGACACGGUCCAUAUCUAUCCUCAUUGCGAUCGCACCUUCACCUCACACAUCGGUCUGGCCGGUCACUUGCGAAUCCAUCGCGCAGAGACUGGCGAACCAGUGCCUGGAGCACCCACAUACACUCGCUGCAUCCGCCUCCACUGGCCACACUACUCCAGGUCACUCACUCACCGCAUGGGUCUUCUAGGUCACAUGCGUGUCCAUGAGAGCGGAAGUCACAGCAGUCUCGAAACACCUCGCACAUCCUGCACACACAUUAUACUUAGCCCUACCCACACACCGCCGCACACAGCGCCCAACACCAGCAGCUCCACCGCCGCCGCCGCCGCCAUCACUGAAACCGACCUUGGCACUACCAAUCUAUCCUGCCCACAUUGUUUCUGCACCUUUGCCUCACACAUCGGCCUGAUCGGUCACCUGAGAAUCCAUCGCACAGAGACCGGCGAACCAGUGCCUGGAGCACCACCAACAUACACCCGUGAAUCCGCCUCAACGGCCCUCACUGCAUCCGCACAUUCACCCACCACAUUGGCCUAUUAG